AUGAAUGCAAAGCAAGCAUUGCUCUGGACAAAGUCAGCCGAGGACUUCAACAACAUAUCGGAGAUAUACGUGAUCAGCAACAGAGAUGUCGACUCGAUGCAAGUACUGGAUGAGUGGCUAAAUUUCGUCGAUACUGACGAAAUUCUACCACUGUUCGAAAAACUACCCAUGGACUACGAAAUUUCUAAGCUACACGCUACAAAUUGGGACAACUUUUCAGAGGAAGUGGUAGCCGUGGUUCGCGACCAAGACUUUGCUCAUCUUCGAAAACUGGAGUCGUUGGCAGAGCUGCGGACUAUCCUUGAUUUGCUCAAUGACCAUGGUGAAAAGAAGAUGCUGUUCGACACAUUUUCUCAUAUUCUUACGUUGGAGGCAAACUCGUCACUUUCGCUAGAUCACACUCAAGCGGCAUUAAACCUGCUCGACUUCCUGCCGAACGCGGCAUAUCUCAUCCCCGCAUUUUUCCGAUCCCAAACCUGGCGAACUCAUAAGUCAGUAUUGGAGGACAACCUCGUCCACUUGGCUUUUACGUUAUUGAGACAGCUGGUUCUUCUGACGCAAGAUAUGGGCAGCUUCAUUCCGCGUCCGAUUCAAAUACUGCUACAAGGAUGA